AUGGCCGGGAGGCCGAAUGCGCCUGAAGCUUCGGAUCACAGCAACAAUCUUGUCGACAUUGGGAGUUCAACGCCAGUUUACAGUUCGGGACAGCGACCUCCUGUGGAUGAUUCACAAUUGCUGCAGAGAUACAACAUUGACGACUCCGAUGAAUUCCAACCCGAGCCGAGACCUUCGACUAGUUACGACGACUUCGUCGGGGGAGGCAGAGGAGCACCCCAUGACCAACACCAACCGAUAACGUUGCCUACUCGGCCCUUUGCCGCCCCUUACAUGACCGAUGGCUCGCGGAAUUACUCUCAAACCUCCGAGUUGAACAACUACGCACAGUACGAAGAGGGCGAGGAGUACGGUGAAGAUGACGGAGGGUACAAAUAUUACGAUGGCGGAGGUCCGUCGGAUGAUAAUAUACCUGGCGGAGGUGUUAAAGUUGUCGGAGGCCAUCAUGGGGGAAAUCGAACCAGCAUCAUGUCCAUGUCGGGAAUGGUCGACAGGGCCAAAGGCAUUCUUGGAAUGCGAGACAGCAAUUACUCCGACAUGAACCUGCCCUUGACAGAAGCGGGUAUGCAAGGUUCACGAGUCGACACAUCCGGAACCGAAGAGAGAAACCCUGUUCACGAAAAGAAAGUGUUCUCUUUCGACAAUGUCAAAGCUGCGUUUGGAAGGAAGAAAGUCGACCCAUCUACUCUCGGUCCCAGAAUCAUCCAACUCAACAACUCGACGGGUAAUGCUGCAAACAGAUGGGUCGACAAUCAUAUCUCCACCGCCAAAUACAACGUAGCUACGUUCAUUCCGAAAUUCUUGCUGGAACAAUUCUCCAAGUACGCCAACCUAUUUUUCUUGUUCACCGCCGUCCUCCAACAGAUACCCAAUGUUUCUCCCACGAAUCGAUACACAACCAUUGUUCCCCUGAUCAUUGUGCUCUUGGUUUCUGCUAUCAAGGAAUUAGUCGAGGACUACAAGCGAAAAACUUCAGACAAGUCCCUGAACGAUUCAAAGGCCCAGGUUCUCAAAGGCACCAAUUUUGUGGAAACGAAAUGGAUCAACGUUGCUGUCGGUGAUAUUGUCCGAGUCGAAUCGGAAGAGCCGUUUCCGGCAGAUCUGGUUCUUCUGGCUAGUUCGGAGCCAGAAGGGCUCUGCUACAUUGAAACGGCCAACCUGGACGGCGAGACGAACCUGAAAAUCAAGCAAGCCAUUCCGGAGACGGCUCAUCUGGUCAGUCCCGCGGACCUUGGACGACUUGCUGGACGUGUUCGGUCGGAGCAACCAAACAGCAGUCUGUACACCUACGAGGCCACUUUAACCAUGGCUGGCGGAGGACGUGAGAAGGAGCUGCCUUUGACGCCUGAUCAACUCCUACUGAGGGGAGCAACUCUCAGGAACACCCCGUGGGUGCAUGGAGUAGUUGUCUUCACCGGCCAUGAAACGAAACUGAUGCGCAAUGCGACCGCGACACCCAUCAAGCGUACCAACGUGGAGCGAAUGCUCAAUAAGCAAAUUCUCAUGCUCGUGGCCAUCCUCCUGGUCCUGAGUGCCAUCAGCACGAUCGGAGACAUCAUUGUACGGUCGACCGCUGGGGAGAAGUUGACAUACUUGUACUAUGGCAGUUUCAACGCCGCCUCACAAUUUUUCUUGGACAUCUUCACAUACUGGGUCCUUUAUUCUAAUUUGGUGCCGAUAUCCCUGUUUGUGACAAUUGAGUUGGUGAAAUACUAUCAAGCUUUCCUUAUCAACAACGACCUCGACAUCUAUUAUCCCGACACCGACACCCCUACAAUCUGUCGAACCUCAUCGCUCGUGGAGGAAUUGGGCCAGAUUGAGUACAUUUUUUCAGACAAAACCGGCACUUUGACCUGCAAUGUCAUGGAAUUCAGGCAAUGCACCAUAGGCGGCAUUCAAUAUGCAGGCAUUGUGCCCGAAGACAGAAGAGCCGCUGGCCCUGAUGACACCAGCGGAAUCCAUGACUUCAAGCGACUGGGAGAAAAUCUUGAAACGCAUCCAAGUAGGUCUGCCAUUCACCACUUUCUCACACUCUUGUCCACUUGCCAUACGGUCAUACCUGAGCGCAAGGACGAAAAGUCUGAGAUCAAAUAUCAGGCUGCUUCUCCUGACGAGGGGGCUCUUGUUGAGGGCGCCAUGAUGCUUGGCUAUCAAUUUGUGGCUCGCAAACCACGUGCUGUGAUUAUCCAAGUUGACGGACAAGUCCUGGAGUACGAGCUUCUGGCAGUUUGUGAAUUCAAUUCGACUCGGAAGCGUAUGUCAACAAUCUUUCGAUGUCCGGACGGCAAGAUCCGGGUCUAUUGUAAAGGAGCUGACACUGUGAUCCUGGAGCGAUUGGCCAAAGACAACCCCAUUGUCGAUGUAACAUUGCAGCAUCUGGAGGACUAUGCCACGGACGGUCUACGGACGCUCUGUCUUGCCAUGCGUGAAAUCCCGGAGGAAGAAUAUCAGGAAUGGAAACAAAUUUUCGACAAGGCUGCCACAACCGUUGGAGGAAAUCGUGCCGAGGAGCUCGACAAGGCUGCAGAAAUCAUUGAGCAUGAUCUCUUUUUACUAGGAGCAACUGCCAUUGAAGACCGACUACAAGAUGGAGUGCCCGAAACCAUCCAUACGUUGCAAACCGCGGGAAUCAAAGUGUGGGUUCUCACGGGCGACAGACAGGAGACAGCCAUCAACAUUGGAAUGAGUUGCAAACUGAUCAGCGAAGAUAUGACUCUACUCAUCAUCAAUGAGGAAUCAUCUGCGGCGACGAGGGAGAGUCUGCAGAAGAAGUAUGAUGCAGUGCGCAGUCAGGCCGCAUCUGGCGAGUAUGACACACUCGCCCUAGUAAUUGAUGGGAAAUCCUUGUUGUUCGCAUUGGAGAAAGACAUGGAAAAGUUGUUCCUCGACCUGGCUGUCAUGUGCAGGGCCGUCAUAUGCUGCAGAGUGUCGCCCCUGCAGAAGGCACUGGUCGUCAAACUAGUCAAACGGCAUUUGAAGGCUCUUCUUCUAGCGGUUGGAGAUGGCGCCAAUGAUGUCUCCAUGAUCCAAGCAGCCCACGUCGGUGUCGGUAUCAGUGGUGUGGAAGGUCUCCAGGCUGCACGAAGCGCCGAUGUCGCGAUUGGACAAUUUCGCUAUCUGAGAAAACUACUCUUGGUGCAUGGAGCGUGGAGUUAUCAGCGCAUCAGCAAGGUCAUCCUGUACUCCUUCUACAAAAAUAUCGCCAUGUUUAUGACACAGUUCUGGUAUUCAUUCCAGAACGCUUUCUCAGGCCAGGUCAUCUACGAGUCGUGGACGCUAUCCUUCUAUAACGUCUUGUUCACGGUUCUACCCCCUUUCGCCAUGGGCAUCUUCGACCAAUUCAUCUCAGCGAGACUACUGGAUCGGUACCCACAACUAUACCAGUUGACCCAGAAAGGACUCUUCUUCCGCAUGCACUCGUUCUGGUCGUGGGUGGCGAACGGCUUCUACCACUCGAUCCUGGCGUAUAUCUUCUCGUCCUACUUCUUCUACGAUGAUUUGGUUCUGUCAAACGGCAAGAUCGGCGGCCACUGGCUAUGGGGCACUUCAACGUACACAGCGAUUUUGUUGGUUGUGCUCGGCAAAGCCGCGCUCAUCACCAAUGUCUGGACUAAGUACACAGUACUUGCGAUCCCAGGGUCCUUUGUGAUCUGGUUAGCUUUCAUCCCCGCAUACUCGUACGCCGCUCCCAACAUUGGCUCGGGCUUCUCGACGGAGCUCGACGGCAUUAUUCCCGUCAUGUUUUCGUCCCCCAUGUUCUACGCCAUGUGUCUCAUCCUGCCGCCGGCAUGUCUCCUGCGCGACUUUGCCUGGAAAUACGCCAAACGUAUGUACUACCCGCAGGCGUACCAUCAUGUCCAGGAGAUCCAGAAGUACAACGUCCAGGACUACCGGCCGCGCAUGGAGCAGUUCCAAAAGGCGGUACGGAAAGUGCGCCAGGUCCAAAGAAUGAGGAAACAGCGAGGCUACGCCUUCUCAGCAGGCGACGAGGCCGGCCAGCAGACCAGAAUUCUCAGCGCCUACGACACCACGAGGGAGAGAGGAAGGUAUGGUGAGAUGCUGACGGCAAGGACCUCGAAUUAA